AUGUCUGACAGGCGGGAUUCAGAAAAAGAAAAACUCAGUGCUCUUUCUGAUGUGGCAAAAUUCAACUAUGCCUUGAAGCAGUUUCAGACACUGAUUGGAAAAACAGUCGCCCAGAAAAGGGAGGAAAGAUUAGGGAUGUACAUUAAAGAUGAGGAUGAAAUAGAUUAUGAUAAAUUUUAUGAGACAGUACAAACCCUCUUUGGUCCAGAAGUGAAGGAUCAAGAUGUUAAGACCUUUUUCAGGAAGAUUAGCAACAACCCUGAUGGAAGGAUAGAAUGGUGUGAGAUCUUUGGCUAUUUUAUAGUAGAAGGCGAUGCCCUCGCUGCCCAGCUAGAUGAAGAAAACAUGGUUUUCCUGGUGUCCCGAAGACAGCAGAUUACAAAAGCAGGUGUCAAGAGACGAGAUGUGAUUAAGUGUAUAGCAAAGGUGCCACAAUUGGAUUUCAUGGUAACAGCAUCUCAGAAAGGAAUGUUAACCAUUUUUAACAGUCAGAUGAGGGUUCUGACAAGCACAAACAUUGCAGAUAGUUCCUGGGUUACUGGAUGUGAUUAUCUUACUCAGCUCAAACGGGUUGUUGCUGUAACUGAAAGGACUGUUGUCGUCUGGGAUUAUAAAUCACAAGGCAGCUGCCAGGAUAAUUGCUUUAUCAUCAAACCAAUGGAACAUUGUCUGCUCUGUGUUUGUACGGUGAAUUUAGGAGAUCAGCUAGCUAAGGAUGACAUCCUAAUGGGAGAUGAUGGGGGUCAUGUCAACCUUUUUACAGUGACCAGCGAUGACUUUGGACUAAAGCAAUCCAAAGCCAAAAAGAAAUCACAAUUGCAGAUCCUGGACUCCAGGAAAUUCAAGAAUAUUAAACGAAAACUCCAUGAUGACUGGGUUGUGAAGGUUAAGUUUAUCUCUGCCCUGAAUUGUUUUGGAUCCUGCUCCUUAGACAGUGUUCAUUCGUUCGUUUUGGAUGACUUAAAGAGACUAGAGGACAACCUACCUGUCAGGGAGUUUUCUGUCCCAAGAGGAGUUAAUGCCUUCACAUACUGUGGAAAAGCAAAUAUCAUUGUUACUGGGGGUGAUGAUAAAGUUCUCCGCUUAUGGCAUCCCAAUAUAAACACCAAACCAGUGGGCAAGUUGUUGGGACACUUAUUUAGUGUCAUGGAGAUUGUCACAAAUGAAAAAGAUCAGCACAUUAUUAGCCUUUCCACUGCAAAGGUUUUUAGAGUGUGGGAUAUACAGACCCUUUCGCUGCUGCAGGUCUUCCACGAUAGUCAGGGGAAGGCUGGAGAAAUGCAGAUCUAUGCCAUGAUAUUUGACAAUAACCAUGGCACGCUUAUUACAGGGUCAUCAGUCAUUGAUAUUUAUCCUCUAACCCGGAUGAUACAAGACACCAAACAGGUUCCACAAACGCAUGAAAGAAACAUCAACGUACUGGCUUACAACAGGGCUUUUCACCAAGUUCUCACUAUCUGUGCUGAAUCUAUUGUGAAGGUCUGGGAGCUAGAAUCUGGGCACCAAAUCUACCAGAUUGAAGAUGCCCAUGGGCCUAAUAUUGAAUUGACCUGUGCAGCAAUUGAUAAAAAUGGGUUUCACCUUGCUACAGGAGCCUGUGAUGGAACAUUGAAAAUCUGGGAUUUUGGAAGUGGGCAGGAAAUUAAAGUUUUGUCUGUGGCAAAUGACAGCAAUGAUGAGCAGUGGCUGUUGCAGCUAGUUUAUCUGAAGGCUAGUGAGAGUCGGCAUGUGAUCCUUGCUUUGGAGCACAGUGGGAAGAUCAAAAUCAUUCAGGGCAAUGAAGGUGAACCUCAUCUGACUGUUACAUGGGAGCUUCCUGAGACUGUGUUACUUAUUCUGCAAGAGAAUCCAGUCAUGUCUCUAUGGCUGAAACCCAAUGCCAGGAAAACAAAUGGAUUUUUUCCAGAUGUUCAGCUGUUGUCUGACGCAGGUCCUAAGAGAAAUGAUGAAACCCAAAAUUUACCACUGGGUGAAGAAAUGAAGUGCUUUGAUGUGUUAAAAGUAGAAGGAUACAGCUUGAUAGCUACUGGAAAUGCACAUGGUGCAAUAAUCUUGUGGGAUUUUGAAUCUGCCACUGUCAGAUACUUGGAUAAAACUUAUCAGGCUGGUCAAAAUGCUAUCGCUCAAGUGUCUGGAGUCAAUGCUGUGCUAUUCCUUUUCCGGAGUGCUUUCUCUUUCAGAAAGGUGAGUCUCUCCUCCUCCACCACUUCAUCCCUUGCAAGUGAUAUGAUGGCCACACAGGGUGUAGAAGGAAGCCACUUGAGUCUAAACAAGGAAGAUGUAAACAAUGGAGAGUCUUCAGCAACAGUAGAAAGGGAAGAGACAACCAACGAGAAGGAUGUGCAACCCUCUGACACCAAAAAAUCAGCCUCUGGCUUCUCCAGAAACAUAGCUGGACAUAUAUGCUCACCAAUACUGGCAUCUGCUCAUGAAAAUGGCUGUGUCUAUCUAUGGACUAUUGAGGGAGAUUUACUCAGACAAGUUUUGCCCUUCACAAAGCACCCUGCAAUUCCUCUGACUGCUCUGUGCACUGAUAUCUCUGCUAAAAUGCUUUUAGCAGCCACCAAGGAAGGGCAUAUUAUGCGCUGGAAUACUGGCUCAUUCCUGGAAGAUCCACAAGAUGAAAAUAAGCAAAUAAAGCAGCAGCUCUGCUGGCGAGCUCAUUCCACCAAAGUGGUCAGCCUAUUCUACGAGGAGGAGAAAAACUUGGUAGUGACAGCCUCUGUGGAUGGUUCUGUCAGGCUCUGGCAUGCACCAACCGGACACUAUGUUGGUUACUUUGGACAGCGCAGGGUGUUUGAAUUAUCAGAAUCCAGUGAUUUGAUUUUGCCCUGUGAUGUUAAUGAAUUUCCCAUUAUAAUCAAAGAAGACAGCAAGUACAUGGAAAAGAAGCAGAAGUUUGAAUAUCCUCUAAUACUGGACAGGAAGAAGUGGAAGUCAUUGACCAAAUCAUCCUUACUUUUAAAAAAGCCUAGACCCUUUGAAGUGGAUCAGGAUUUCAAGUUUUUCAAAGCUCUAGCUUCUCCUAAGGUUAAUAGACAACCUUUGGAAAGUUUCAAGUCAGGAAACAAAGAGGCUGGUGUUGUGUUUGGGUCUAUACCUAUAUACAGGGUUCUCAGUAUAACAAGUCACAAACCUCUUCACCAGUUGGGGUCAAAAGAGAAGCAAGACUCAGUUGACACUAUCUUCAAAAGGAUUAAACAUCAUACACUUUAUGAGCCAUCACGUUUAUCCAAGAGAAGAAGUGCAAAAAAUAGCCAGGUUCCGGCAGCAAAUUUGGUCCAGUCCUUUGUCCCCUCCAUUUCCUUCCAAGGUGUCAAACUCUAA